ACAAAUUGUGAUGCAAAGCGAUCAGUAAGCGCAGAGCCUUGGCCGCGAAAUGUUGAGAAUACUUUUGCUUGUCUCGUUAUCAAUAGCAUUUGCGGUAGAAGAAGAUGAAUUCUUUUUCUUCGGGCAUGAAUACAAGAGGACGGAGCUCGGCGAUGCAGUUGACAAGGCCUCCAUGAGGUUACUAAAGGAUUUAUAUGAGUCUAGUGAAGACAAAAAUGUGAUAACAUCUCCCUUGGGUGUCCUCACACUCCUCUCUCUGUACUCCACAGGGACUACUGGCAAGAUCAAAGAGGAAAUUGUCAAUUUCCUUGGCUUGCCCGAUUAUAAAAAAAUGACGGAAUCUUACAAAUCUCUAACCGAGAAAUUUACCGAAAUGAACCCUGAGUUUCUAACCAUGGCCAACAAGGUGUAUGUGGCGAGUCGAUAUGAGCUGACGGACGAGUUCACAGCCGUCGCUACACGUGACUACCACAGCGAAGUGCAGGCUCUGAACUUUACUAAUCCUAGUGAAGCUGCUAAAAUUAUAAAUGAAUGGGCAGAUCAGAAGACACGAGGCAACAUAAAGAAUCCAGUAGACGAAAACACAUUCUCUCCAGACACGGCAGCCGCUCUCUUUAAUAUUAUAUUCUUCCAGGGUCACUGGCAUGUACCAUUCGAAAAAGCGGACACCGUCGACAAGAAGUUUCAGCUUAGUGCCACAGAAUCUGUUCAGAAACCAACAAUGCAUUUAGUGCAGUCCUUAUUUUACCACGAAGACAAAGAAUUGGGUGCUAGGAUGGUUGAGCUGCCGUACAAAGAGCCAGGCUUUAGAAUGGUGGUCGUGCUGCCGGAUGCUAUGGACGGUCUGCCGGCGGUGCUGGACAAGCUGGCGCAGAAGGGUGUGCUAGAAGAUGUGUUCGCUAUGAGCCCGCCCGGACAGGAUGUGGACAUCGACAUGCCCAAGUUCGAAGUUAAAUCAAAGUUCAAUCUGAAAGACGUCUUGGUAAAGGAAGGUGUAAGCAGCAUAUUCAACCAGCAAGCUGAAGGAAUCGUGAAAGGACAAGGUGUGGAGGUAUCCGAGGUGUUCCAGGAGGCUUUUGUUAAAGUUGACGAAGAAGGUGCCACUGCUGGUGCUUUCACUGGUUUGGUGUUGGUGGCAACAUCUUCGCUGUCUGAGCCGCCACCACCGCUGCCCUUCAAGGUGGACAGACCCUUCCUCUACGCCAUCCUGCAUCAGGACACCGUACUCUUUGCUGGCACAUACACGCACUAAACUAU